CUAUAUAAAUGGAGUAAAGCACAAAAGCAGCAGCACACGAUGGAAACCAGCCAUAAACCGCUAGAGCUCUUCCACGCCCUGCCGCCGCAGGCGCCGGCCGACGCGCCGCCGCCGCCGUCGGCGUUCGAGGGCUUCUCGUCGAUCUUGACGCACUUCGACGCGGGCUACUUCCGCAUCAGCCUCUCGCUGUGCGGGCAGGCGCUGCUCUGGCGCACGCUCUGCGGCGGCGGCGGCGACGGCGACGGCGACGAACACAUGCAGCCGCGCGCUCUGGGCGCGCUGGCUCGGCAUCUUCCCCCCGCGGCGUCCGUGCUGCUCUGGUCGCUCGCGCUGCUCUCGCUGGUCGCGCUCACCGCGCUCUACGCAGCGCGCUGCCUGCUCCGGUUCGCGGCCGUGCGCGCCGAGUUCCGGCACCGCAUCGCCGUGAACUACCUCUUCGCGCCGUGGGCGUCGUGGCUGCUGCUGCUGCAGUCGGCGCCGUCGUCGCUCCUGAGCCCGGGCGCCGCGCCGCGCCGCGUCCUGUGGUGCGCCUUCGCGGCGCCGGUCCUCGCGCUCGACGUCACCGUGUACGGGCAGUGGUUCACCGAGGGCCGGACGGCGCUGUCCAUGGCCGCCAACCCGACGGGCCACAUCACGGUGGUGGCGAACCUCGUGACGGCGAGGGCGGCGGCGGAGCUCGGGUGGCGAGAGGGCGCCGUCGCCGUGUUCGCCGUCGCCGUCGCGCACUACGCCGUGCUGUUCGUCACGCUGUACCAGAGGCUCCUCGGAGCGAACGCGCUGCCGGCCAUGCUCCGGCCAGUGUUCUUCCUCUUCUUCGCGGCGCCGAGCAUGGCGUCGCUCGCGUGGGGUGCAAUCUCCUCCUCCUUUGACACCGCCUGCAAGAUGCUAUUCUUUCUUUCCCUCUUCCUAUUUGCCUCACUGGUGUCGAGGCCAACCUUGUUCAGGAGAGCCAUGCGCCGUUUCAGCGUGGCGUGGUGGGCAUUCCCGUUCCCGCUCACCGCGCUCGCCGUCGCGUCCGUGGAGUACGCGAGGGAGGUCGAGGACCACGCCGCCGUCGUGCUCGUGCUCGUGCUGUCGGCGCUCUCCGUCGUCGUCACCGUCGCCGUCGUGGUGUGCACGGCCAUCAGAACAAGCGACCUGCUCCCCCACGGCGACGACGAUCCAUUGCCGUGCGCAUCGUCGUCAGUGAUGGUGCCCUUGGAUGCGUUCACAGGAUCAAUAGUAUCUUCGUGUGUGUAAAGAUUAACAGAGUGACAAUUAUGCAACGGUGGAGAAACACUGGUUAAUUAAUAAGCCAGAAUCAGCAUAGAGUGAUUUUGUUUAUUUUUAUUUUGAAAAAUCCCCUGAUUUAUAUUAAUAACAAUGUAAAUUCCAAUUAGUAUUACGAGAAUCCAAAUCCUACAUACUUAUAUAGUUCA